AUGACUGCAGGGAAAUGCCCCCUGCCACAGUUCAAGCUUGACAGAUCUGUGGCAGCAACAGCAUCAGCCAAAACAGCACAAGUAAGCACAACAGGUGCUGCUCAGCAGCGCAGCAGCUGCGGCGAAGAUAGGGUCACUCUAGUGGAAUGGUUCAGACCUAAUGGCGGCUCGCAGCAGAAGGAAGAACAGCAGCAGCAGCUGCAGCAUGCGCAGCACCUGGCUCAUCAGCAGAAUGUUACUGCACCAGAGCAGCAGCGGCAGGAGUGGAAGCAACAACAGGGUUGGCGCAAACAGCAGCAGCAGUUACGCGGCCUAGACAGUUCAGAGGUUCGUUCAUUGCUGCUGCAGUGCAGAUCAGUUCUGUCUUUUGAUUUGGGGUCGCAAAAGACAGGUGUUGCUAUUGCAGAGCGAAAUUUGCACUCCAGGCAUCUUUUUGCUGCUGCUGUCUCUGCACAGCAGCAGUUGCAGCAGCAACAGCACUCGCUGCUGCAGCACGAGGCCGCAGCAGCACAUGAGCCCCUGUUGUGGCCUGCAGACUACUCAGGGCUUUAUUCAACUGUUUCGCUUAUGUUUUUGUCCCAUGAAAGAAGCUUUGCGUCGCUGUUGCCGUUGCUGCUGCAGCAGCAACAACAGCAGCAAGCAGACUUGCUGCUUUUGGGGUUACCCCUAAAUCCUUGUCUUCCUCCACACCUCCGCUUCCAGACUUCUCGGGUGCAGCGCCACCUGUCAGUGGCGCGUGAGCUGCAGUGCAGACUAACAGCAGCAGCAGCACAAGAAGGAGCAGCGGCGGCAGCAGCGGUCCCUGUGCUACUUGUUGAUGAGAGCUAUAGCACGUGGAGGGCCAGAAAGAGACACAAAUGUGAGAAACGCAAGGGGCCUCCAAGGAGCCGCCUUGACUCUGCUGCUGCAUGCGAGAUGCUGCAAGAGCUGCUUGCUGCAGCAGCUUCCACAGCGGGCCCCACACGUGUACUGCAGCUGCGAGCUCCUAGAGAGUUCACUCGUCAAAAGCAGAAUGACCCUUUGCUGCAAAUGGAAGCCCCUGAGAGCAGCGAGCCUUCCACGUAG